GCAAGUUAUUAAAAAUUACUGAUUGUAUAGACGGAGAUAAUUACUGACUAUACGAUGUUUUAAUGAACGGAAGAAAAGGAAGACAGUUUUUAUAAAUUCUUUGCAUAUCGUACAUUCGUCUUACAUCUAAACUUAUUAUCUUAUUACAAGCUCCUCUUAUAAAUUUUUACAGUGCUUUCUUUUCGAAAAAAAAAAAAAAAAGAGAAAUACGAAGGAUAGAACAUAUAUUAAAAAGAACAUAGUAUAAUCCGCAGAAAUGCAUAUUCUUCCUGUAUCAUUUGCAUUAUUCACGUACGUUGGAUAUUGGCGACCAGUAAAUUGGCCAAAAAAUUCUUUCAAAUCCUAUCUGUAUAAUCUUUACACUCUAUUCAUGAUAUUCGUCUUAUGUUUAUUCGCAUUUUGUGAAAUCGUCGAUGCUUAUGUCGAUCAUAACGUAAACACCUUCAUCGAAAAGUUUACUCUUACGAUAUCGGUCGUAGCAGUGUGCAUUAAAGUUAUAAAUCUUAAUUUGCGUCGGGAAAGUGUUAUCUCAUUGAUCAAUAUGCUUUUGAAAGAUGAUUGUAUACCACGGAAUUCGGAGGAACAAAAAAUAAAGCAAAAAUUCGACGAGAAUGCUAAGAAGAUCACGAUUUACUGUGAAUUUUUAAACGAGGCAACAGUUGUCUUUGCCAUAAUAUCACAGAUCGUAGACGCCGUAAAGGAACGUAUCCUGCCACUUGCCAAUUGGACUCCUUACGAUCAUUCCUCGAACAUCAUGUUUUGGCUGUCUUUGAUUCAUCAGUCGGUAGCUCUUUUGGUCUGUGCAAACGCAAGUGUUGCUCAUGAGACCAUCAUUUCUGGAUUGAUGUUACAAAUUUGUGCUCAAUUGGAGAUACUCGGUCACCGUGUAAAAACGUUGCCAAUGUUACUGGAAAUGGCGAGAAAGAAUUGCGAUAAUAUCUUUCAUUGGAAGAGAGAGGAAAAGAGGAUCAUUCGUGAAUUGAUCGAGUAUCAUCUUUACAUAUACGGUUUUGCUACUAGAGUCAACAACGUUUUUACCACGAUGAUCAUGCUACAGUUCUCUAUAAGUUCGAUUGUACUCUGUUUGACCGUUUACAGAAUGUCCAAGGCAGAAAUCACUAGUUUCGAAUUUUUGUGGGCGGUUUUUUAUCUUGCUUCUAUGUUUACGCAAAUCUUUCUCUAUUGUUGGUACGGCAACGAAGUGAUAUUAAAGAGCAUGCAGAUUGGAGAUAUGUUUUAUGAAAUGGAUUGGACAUCGUUAAGAACUGACAUUAUCAAGAUUCUUCCUAUCGUAAUGUCUCGAAGUACAAAACCUAUUGAAAUGAGAAGUGGCUAUGUGAUAGUAUUGUCAGCUCAAUCGUUUACAAGUAUACUAAAUACAUCGUACACAGCUUUCAACGUUCUGCAAAAAUCCUCGUCAAAAAUGACGAUUUUAGCAUCGACUUUGAUGAUUCUCAGUAUCUGUGGAUGCUGGAGACCUCCAUCCUGGUCAUUCUCAUAUUACAAACGUGUUAUAUACAACUUAUACAAUAUCUGUGUAAUUUUUCUAGUAUCGUCUUUAUCUUUAUCCCAAAUCAUUGGUAUUGCCCUAAACAUUUCGAGCGAUCUUUCCGAAGAAAUUUACAUAUCUUUGACGAUUGCUGUAUCCUGUCUAAAAAUGUUAACUUUUAAAUUCAAUCAUAACGACGUCGUCAAGUUAAUUAACACUUUGGCAGAGGAACCAUAUAAGCCAUCGGAUAAUGAAGAAAUUCAGAUUCAAUUGAAAUUUGAGAAAUUAGCACGGCUCAACACGAACGGUUAUACAUCCUUAAUUGGGUUUUCGGUGAGCAGUUUCGUAUUUAUGUCUUUGAUUACAGACCUCAAAGAAAAACAAUUAACUUUUCAAGUUUGGUUACCGUUUGACAGUACGACACCUGUUAUAUAUUAUUUAACGUACACUCAACAAAUGUUAGGUAUGACAUUAGCCGGCUUUCUUAACGUCGCUCUAGAUUCUUUGAUCUGUGGCAUUUUCAUACAUAUUUGUUGUCAAAUCAAGAUCUUGGAAAAUCGUUUGAUGAAAAUCUCCAACGAACAGGAGGCACUUUUAAAAUUGUGCGUCCGUCAUCAUGAAUGCAUAUACAAAUUCGCAGAUAACGUAAAUAAAACAUUUGGACUUAUAAUGUUCAUUCAGUUUUUCGGCAGCACGAUGACAGUCUCCUUUACGUUAUAUCAAUUAACAAAAAUAUCAUCAACUUCUGUCGAAUAUGCAAAAAUGUCGCUCUACAUGUAUUGCAUGUUAAUACAAAUUUAUCUUUACUGCUGCCUCUGCGGAUCGCGGAGACCUCCAUCUUGGUCGUCCUCGAUUUAUAAAUGUCUCCUUUAUAAUUUAUACACGAUCACUAUAGCUUUUCUAGUAUCAUCACUGGCUUUAUCACAAAUGAUCGGUAUGGCUUUAAAUGCAGAUGCGAGCAAUAUUUCCGACGAUAUUUAUUUAUUCUUGGUACAAUUCGUAUCUUGCUUUAAAUUGUUAAGUCUUGUAGUCAAUCGUAAUAAUAUUGUUGACUUAAUUGUUACUCUGGGACAAGAACCACAUCAGCCAUUGGACGAUAGCCAAGAAAUUGCAUACGAAAUGUUCCAGACAAAUUUGAUGGAGCUAAGCACUGACAUCAAGAAGAGUCUUUUGAUUAUGAUGAAACGUACGACUAUGCCGAUCGUUUUUAUCGUUAUGAAUCUUUUCCCUCUGAAUCUCGAUUCGUUCGUGAGCGUCACUUUUCUAAUAUUAUCUUUGUCAUUAUCGCAAAUGAUCGGUAUUGCUGUAAACGCAGACGAUUCGAGCAAUGUUUCCGACGAUAUUUACGUAUUCUUGGCACAAUUUGUAUCUUGUUUUAAAAUGUUAAGUCUUGUAGUCAAUCAACCACAUCAGCCAUUGGACGAUGUGGAAAUGAACAUUCAAACAAAGUUUGACAGAUUAUCUCGGUUCAACACUCACAGUUAUGCAUCUUUGAUCUCAUUAACGGUGAGCAACUUUUUAUUACUCUCAUUGAUUACAAACUUUAAAAAAAGACAAUUAACUUUUCGAGCUUGGUUGCCGUUUGACGAUAACAUGACACCUAUUGUAUUUUAUUUAACGUACAUUCACCAAAUACUAGCAGUGACAAUAGCAGCAAUGAUUCACGUCGCUCUAGAUACUCUGAUCUGCAAUCUUCUCAUAAACAUUUGCUGUCAGAUUACGAUCUUGGAAAAUCGUCUUACAAAUAUCACGGAUGAACGAAAGACCAUCUUGAAACUUUGUAUUCGUCAUCACGAAUGUAUAUAUAGAUUUGCUGCUACCGUAAAUAAAACAUUUAAAUUUGCAAUCUUCGUUCAAUUUUUUGCAAGUACAUUGACAGUCUGUUUUACACUGUACCAAUUAACAAAAGUAUCGGCAAAUACUUCGGAAUUUAUAAAAAUGAUGUUUUUUAUGUCUAGCAUGUUAACCCAAGUGUAUCUCUACUGCUGGUACGGACAUUUAGUCACUCUAAAGCGGAAAAACAUUUGUAAUUUAUACAUGAGAAUGACGAUCUUAGCAUCGUCGUUUAUGAUUCUCAGCAUCUGUGGAUGUUGGAGACCUCCAUCUUGGUCGUUAUCAUUUUAUAAACGUCUAGCAUAUAAUUUAUACACGAUCUUUGUAGCUUUUCUAGUAUCAUCUCUGUCCUUGUCACAAGCCAUCGGUAUUCUUGUGAAUGAAGACGAUUCGAGUGAUUCUUCCGACGAUAUUUAUGUAUUCUUCGCGGAACUUAUAUCAUGUUUCAAAAUGCUGAGUCUCAUGGUCAAUCGCAAUGAAAUUGUUAAUUUAAUUGGUACAUUGACGCAAGAGCCAUACGAACCAUCCGAUGAUGUGGAAACAAGAAUUCAAGUCAAGUUUGACAAGUGGUCGAGAUUGAACACACAUUGUUAUGUUCUCUUACUCUCGUCAUCAGUCGCUAGUUUCUCAUCUUUGUCUCUAGUUACAAAUUUGACGAAAAGACAAUUAACUUUUCGAGCUUGGUUACCUUUUGAUAAUAACGUGACAACUUAUGUAUUUUACUUAACAUACUUUCAUCAAAUAUUAGCAUUUCUAAUAGGAGCGGCACUUCACGUUGCUUUAGAUUGUUUAAUCUUCGGUUUUCUAAUACAUGUUUGUUGUCAAAUCAAAAUUUUGGAGAAUCGUCUGACGAAGAUCACAAACGAAAAUAAACCUGUUCUAAAACUAUGUAUCCGUCAUCACGACUGUAUAUACAAAUUUGCCAAUAACGUGAUUAAGAUGUUCGAAUUUACGAUCUUCAUUCAAUUUUUCAUCACCACAUCGACAGUAUGUUUUACAUUGUAUCAAUUAACCAAAGUUUCACCGAUUUCCUUCGAGUGUGUAAAAAUAUUGUUGUACAUGUGUUGCAUAUUGACACAAGUAUAUCUCUAUUGUUGGUAUGGAAGUCUAAUUGAAACGAAGAGCCAAGAAAUUUCAAUGACAAUUUUCAAUAUUGAUUGGAUAACACUUAGCGAUGAUAUCAGGAAGACUCUUUUGUUUAUGAUGAAACGUACGAUGAAGCCAAUCGUCUUCGUCGUCAUAAGAAUUCUUCCUGUCAAUUUAGAUUCUUUCGUCAGCGUUAGUAUUCCCAUCCCUAUAAUACCUGAACGUCGAUCCCAUACUUUGUCCAUUAUGUCUCUUAUUUUAGACACAGGAGAUAUAAUAAGAAACGGUAUAUCGGAAAAGGGAAUGGAGAACUACGACUCCAGUGUUAAAUUAUAUAAUUGCAAGAUAAAAAUAAUAUUAAGAAUGCGUAUCUUAUCGUUGCCUUUUAAAAUUUUAAUAUUUUGUGGUAUAUGGAAACCAACAUCAUGGACAACCACUUGCAAAAAGAUCAUCUAUCGUACUUAUACUUUUCUCGUGAUAUUGUUUGUCUCUUCCUUUCUAUGCUCGCAAAUGAUUGACAUGUUCACUGUCGACAACAUGAACGAAUUCACCGAAAGCUCUCACAUGCUUUUGACAAUGGUGAUCGGUUUUUGCAAAGCAGUGAACGUAUUGAUGGCACGAGAAAAAAUUAUAAAAUUAAUUGACAUUCUCGUAGAUGAAAUGCGCUUUUCUGUUGAUUCCGAAGAAUCGAAGAUUCAAGAAAAAUAUGAUCGGACUAUUCGGGCUAAUACGCUUCACUAUGCCAUCAUGAUCGAGACGUCAGUUUUAUCAAGUAUUUUAAAUUCUCUUUUGACUGACUUACAAGCGAAAACGUUGCCCUUCAGAGCCUGGGUACCUUACGACUGUUCCUCUUCGAUCGUUUUUUACUUAACUUACUUUUAUCAAAUGAUAUCGAUGACAGCCUGUUCUCUCUUUCACGUCGCGAUAGAUGCACUGUUUUGUGGAUUUUUACUACAAAUUUGUUGUCAAAUAGAUAUAUUGAAGUGUCGACUGAAACGUUUAAACUGUAAUGGUAUCGACGAUCUUCGAAAAUGCAUUCAACAUCAUUAUCAAAUUUAUCAAAUCGCUGAAAAAAUGAAUGAAGCUUUUGUCAUGACGAUAUUUGCUCAAUUUUUUAUCAGUUCGGUAGUCCUUUGUUUGAGCAUGUUCGAACUACUUAAAAAUGAUCUAUUGAGUACAGAAUUCAUGGCCUUGGUAAUAUAUUUGUCGACUUUGUUGGUCCAAAUUUAUAUUUUCUGUUGGUACGGCAAUGAAGUGAAAUUGAAGAGUAUUCACAUUGCUGUUGCAUUUGCCGAGUCAAACUGGACGUCGUUAGACAAUAGUUCGCAAAAAAUGAUUGUAAUAAUGAUGCAACGUGCGGCAAAUCCCAUCGAAUUUGUUAGCGGAUAUUUUAUUACAGUAAAUCUCGAUACCUUUAUGAACUUAAUCAAAACCUCUUACUCGGCAUAUAAUGUUCUUCAAAAAGCGCAAUAAACAAUAAGAAAGACGAAUUUAACAUAACUGAAAAACUACUUACGUGUAUGUGUAUGUAUAUAUAUAUAUAUAUACGUACAAUUGUAUAUAGAUAUAUAAGAAUCUCGCAAGUAUCAGACAAAAUUUUAAUCCUGAUUUAUUCGUUAACGUUAAUAACGUCAAAUAAUUUUAGUUAUUACACAUAUACAAAUAACCAUAUAAAAAUGAUCGUUUUAUUAAUUCAACUUCUUCUUUUUAAAAUAACUACUAAAAAUUUCAUACUCGGUUUACAAUCUACUCGAACAGAGCAAAAGCCAAUGAAGAAGAUUGAAAGAGUUAAACGAUCGUAAAUUUGCCAAGUCGACUGUAUACAGGGCACUACAUUCACCUGAUUAUUUUAACGAAACAAUAUAGAGAACGUAAAAAAAAAGGCGAUUGAAUCUUCAAAUAUUUAUACAAUCUUUCAGGGAUCUUGAAAUUUGGCCAAUUUUUUAGUAGUAGUAUCGUUAUACAAUGAUAAAGGCGUAUAUGUAUUUAGAUGGCAGUGGUAAAAGAUAAACGUGGCCGAUGGUUAGACAAUAAAUUCGAAUCUUGAGUGUCGUUCUUAAAUUUCAAUAGAUCAAUUUACAAUAACAAUUAUAUUUCCUUGCGAACUUCGUUAUUUACUCUAUUCAGCAAAACUGAUAUGAUUUUAAUCGUUCGAGAUAUUUUUAAAACAAAAUAGAAAAAUGAAUCAACGAAGAGAAAGAGAGAGAGAGAGAGAGAG